UUCAAUACAGAAAGGAUGCCAAAGAAGGUUGAUACCGUCUGGAAGGGAUGCCAGGAAGAACACGGCCUUGCCACCAGCCCCAACAGCUUUGCAGUGCGGACCCUGAAGUUGCUGCUCUGCCGAAAGCAGUACAAGGAUGUGGUGGUGGCAAUGGAACGCAAGGGUGCCUGGGACACGCUGCUGUGUGCUGACACCCACCACUAUGCCGUGGGUCUGCUGGCCAGGGAGAUGUCCUGCGUCUCCAUACCCUCCUGUUCCCGGGUCUUUCGCUACCUGCUCCGGCUGCUGAGCACACAGGAGCUACGCUGGGAUCUGCCUGCCCUGGCGUUCCUUGUGGAGGUCCUCGAGUGCCUGGACUUGAGGGAACGUGAUGCUGACAGAGUCCUGCAAAUCUUGUCAAGGCAUGUGCAGAGCAAGUGCAGGGAGAGGUGUCACCUGGCACUCAGGGCCCUUCUCAAGCUCACUGAUGAUCCCUCGAUGACCGAAAAAAUGUGGAGCCUGAUUGAAAGUCUUGUGGAGCUCCUGUGGGAUGCAAAUGGAGAGGCAGUUAAAAUGACAGUCAUGGUACUCAGCUUUAUAAUCUUGGACAAGGACCUACGGAUACCCAGCCCCAUUGCCCUGCAGCUGGCUGAGGCGCUCCUGCCACUCUUUGACCAUAAUAAUAGCCAGGUGCAACUGCUCUCCAUAUUGCUCUUCCGAACAUUGCUGACUCUUCCACUGAAAAAGGAAAGAAAGGUCCUGAAGUCACAGGUGUGACAGAGCCUGCUCCCACUCUUCUUCCACUGCCAUGAUGAGAAUUGGCGUGUGGCACAAGCUUCUCUGGAAACGCUGCUUUGUGUGGCUGACUUCCUGAAGAGGAAGGAUCUUGACAAAGUGGUGAAGAAGAAGAAACUGUGGAUGUUCGCAGACACCCUGCUGGCAGAGGACACGAGCCGAGCGGCCGAGCAGCUGCGCCGGGCCCUGCGCUACCUGGAGAGCCCCCAGGAGCCCCUGCGAGAGGCGGCCAUCAGGUUCAUGGGGUCUGCCAGGGUAUCCAUGAGGGGACAGAAGGAAGUGCUCGAGGUCCUCAAUGAGGCCAUUCACACCCGGAAGAAAGGCUGUACAUCCCACUGUAGCAGGAAUAUUCAAGCGCAGUUUACAAGUAGAGUUGAAGAAUUAAGUUCAUCUUCCGGAUCUAGUGAAUCAGUGUCCUAAGAAUAGCACCAGGAGAUGGUGAAGAGGACACCAUCUCCACUGCCACUGGAACCCCACGCACAGCUGAUAAUUGGUACAGCUGAGCCUGUGGGACACUGGUCUGGCUUCAGCCAACUCCCUGCCUGUAGAUAGCUCCCUCCCUCCAGCUCUCACACCGUGUGCAACCCCUUUGGUCCAUUCCAGUUCAUCCCUUUGCUUCGCCUGCCAUUAAUAAACAGUUUGGCUUCUUCA